UCUUUCUUAUUGGAUAAUAUUUUAAUGACAGAUUCUACGUCUCAGGGUUUUCAAGAAAUGAGAAGAGCAACUCAUAGCAAGAAAAACAAACUGAAAAAAACUAAGCGUAGCACCAAAGUAUGGUUGUGAAAUGAAAAUGAUGGGCUGCCUAACUGAUCAUAUUGCCAGACAUGGUUUUCAUUGGGAGUCAUAAGCAAUUUAUUGAUAGUGUGUGCACAAUUGUGAUCAAGGGUAACUGGGGCAAUCUGUUGAAGGUGAAGAGUACCUCUGCUUUCACUUCUUCUACCAUUCACCAGGUUCUGUUGCAGCUUUCACUCUAUGAUUAUGGGCUCUCUCAUUCCUUCCCAUUCUUCAAAUGGCUCGACUCCAUCCCAAAUUAUAGCCAUUCCUUGCAAUGUUCAUGGGUCAUGAUUCACAUCCUCACUGAACAUAAGCAUUUCAAAACUGCUCAUCAUAUGCUUGAAAAAAUUGCGAACAGGGAUUUUCUUCCAUCACCUUCAGUUUUGAGCACUUUGGUGAGGACUCAUGAAAACCCAGAAGUCAAUUCUCAAGUGUUGAGCUGGCUUGUCAUACAUUAUGCUAAGUCAAAGAUGACACAUGAUGCAAUACAAGUUUUUGAGCAGAUGAGGUUACAUAAAGUCAAACCUCAUUUGCAUGCUUGCACUGUUCUUUUGAAUUCCUUGUUAAAGGACGGGGUUACUCACAUGGUGUGGAAAAUUUACAGGAGAAUGGUUCAAGUUGGGGUUGUUCCCAAUAUGUACAUUUACAAUUGUUUAUUCCAUGCCUGUUCAAAAGCAAGAGAUGUGGAAAGGGCAGAACAGUUAUUAAAUGAGUUGGAUUUAAAGGGUAUGCUUCCUGAUAUCUUCACAUAUAAUACUUUGAUAUCAUUAUACUGCAAGAAAGGUCUGCACUAUGAGGCUUUAUCUAUCCAGAGCAGAAUGGAAAGAGAGGGGAUAAACCUAGAUAUUGUAAGUUAUAACUCUCUCAUUUAUGGAUUUUGCAAAGAAGGCAGGAUGAGAGAAGCUAUGAGGAUGUUUAGCGAUAUAAAAAAUGCAACUCCCAAUCAUGUGACAUAUACUACAUUGAUUGAUGGUUACUGUAAAACAAAUGAACUGGAGGAAUCUCUGAAAAUUCUGGGACUGAUGGAGUGUAAGGGAUUGUACCCUGGAGUUGUAACUUAUAAUUCAGUUUUGCGCAAGCUUUGUCAAGAUGGCAGGAUAAAGGACGCCAACAAACUCUUGACUGAGAUGAGUGAAAGGAAAGUUCAAGCUGACAAUAUCACUUGCAACACACUUAUUAAUGCAUACUGCAAGAUUGGAGAUAUGAAAUCUGCUUUGAAAUUUAAGAACAAGAUGUUAGAAUCUGGACUAAAACCCGAUCCAUUUACAUAUAAGGCACUGAUUCAUGGAUUCUGCAAGACAAAUGAGGUGGAAACUGCAAAGGAGGUAAUGUUCAGCAUGCUUGAUGCUGGAUUUACACUCAGUUAUUGUACAUACACUUGGAUUGUAGAUUGCUACUGUAAGAAAGACAAUAUGGAUGCAGUUUUAGCACUACCAAAUGAGUUUCUGAGUAGAGGUCUUUGUCUAGAUGUUUCAGUAUACAGGGCAUUGAUAAGAAGGUUAUGCAAGUUAGAAAGGGUUGAAUGUGCUGAAAAGUUAUUCAAUCAAAUGGAAGGAAAGGGUAUAUCAGGUGACAGUGUUAUCUAUACCAGUCUUGCAUAUGCUUAUUGGAAAGCAGGGAAUGCAAGUGCUUCCUUGGGUGUGUUAGAAGAGAUGACAAGGAGAAGGUUGAUGAUCACAGUCAAACUGUAUAGAUGCUUUAGUACUUCUGAUGCUAGGGAAAAUGAAGUGUCACUGAUCUUCUGGAAUCAUGUGGUGGAUAGGGGUUUGAUGUCGAGAAAUUCAAUGAAUAAAAUACAGCAAAUGCUGAUAUGAAGGAACCCUCACAUCUAGAAUAUUCUUCAUAGACCUGUUUGCGAGGGGCAAUGCAUUGCUUCUGUUUCACUUUUCAUUGGAAUUUGGAAAACAGAGAUUUGGGAAAAUAUGAUGCAGGCCAACCUCUUUGCAACCUUGCAUGUUAACCGUCAUAAACUAUUUGU